AUGAAUAUUGAUGAAACAAAAAAACGUAAAGGAGGCGCGGAAAAACAACGGGAUAAGAAGGCGAAAUUAUUAAACAAAGAAGCAAAAAGAUGUGGCAACUUAAGAGACAUGUUUAUUAAAAAAAUAAAUCAUAAUAUGGCAAUGAACGAAAACGUUCUGAACGAAUCAGUUACCCUCAAAAAUCCAACUUUAUCAAUGAUGAACCCAAAUACAAGUACAAAUGAGUUAGAAUGUGAGCAGACUUCAAUACAACUUAUAUGUAGUACUGAAACAAAACUAGACGAUAAUGAAGGAAGUAUUGUGGAUUUCCCUAAUAUAGACGAUCCAGAAAAAAUUAACCCAAAUAUAAGUACAAAUAAGUUAGAAUGUGAGCAAACUUCAAUAAAACUUAUAUGUAGUACUGAAACAAAACAAGACAAUAAUCAAGAAACUAUUGUGGAUUUCGAAAAUGCAACAAACAUUAUUGACAAAUUCAAAAAACCAGAGAAGUAUGAAGUUGAUGCAUUUUUUAAAUUUCAUCCAUACCAACCUACUAUUAAUAUUCCAUUUAAUCCACAAAAAGCAUAUAAACGUACAGACGGGAUACAUCGAAAAUGGUUGACUUUUUCUGAAGCUGAGAGUAAAUUAUUCUGUUCAGUAUGCAUUGCAUUUUGUGCGUCAACAGAUAGCAACCCAUUUACUUUGGGCAUGAACAGUUGGAAACAUGUUUAUCAACGUAUCGCGGAACACGAGGAUACAUUUUGCCAUGUUAAAUCAGUGGAUGCUUUUCUUUAUCAUGAGCAUAGAGCAAAUAUUCCACACAUGUUGUUUUCAUCAGCCAGGGAAAUUCGACGUAAAGAAGUUAUGGAACGACACCGAGUACUAGAAAGAAUAAUUGAAACUAUUAAGUGUAUCGGAAAAAAUUGUAUGAGUUACAGAUCUCAUACAAAUGAAUCUUCAUAUACUUUAGAAAAUAAUAAUGCAUCAUUUAGAAAACGUAAUUAA